GCCUGUUUAAUAGGUGGAGCUCUCUCUGACUUGCUGGAGAGUUACCGAACGCAGGCCGAGUUCUUAGUAGUUUACUUGGAGGAGGCUCAUGCCAAAGGGGAAUUUGGCAUGGGAAGUAAGAUGAGUAGGAAUUCUAGACAUUCCUCUAUCCAUGAUAGAAUCAAUGCGGCAAAAGAUCUAGUAGCACUGGACAAAACUCACAGUUGCUGUUUAACCGAAGACAUUUCCGACACCAAUCGAAUGCGGGUUGUAGUGGAUACCAUGGACAAUACCUUUACGUCUCGCUUUGACGCCUUCCCCGAUCGCGCGUUCAUCAUCCGCAACGAACAAGUGGCGUACAUUGGUUCCGAUAUUAUGGACCAAAUGGAGCACCCCGAACGGCUGAUGACGGACGAGAUCCGCGUCUGGUUGAAAGAGAAUAAAGAGAACAUUUAAAUGAUUAUUCCAGCCGCCAUUAGACCGUCAGAGUGACUUUUUUUUUAUUCUGGCGCGUUUCAAAGUCGAGGACAUGACGAACAUGCAGCUUCAGAGACUUUUAGAUAGACGCCAAUCAAAGAAGAGCAUUGCGUGUUUGAAAAUUGCCGUUAGCAUGGUUAGCCCGUACUGCUUUGCACGCUGGCAAAUUGAAAGGAAGAAAGCGAGAUGGCUCUAUAUCCACAUUUGGAUAGCGUACGUCGUCAUCAGACAUGACAGAUACAUUUGUCUCUGUUUUAAGGGAGACGUCACUUUUGUCUCUCGUUUACCUGUUAAUUGUCUCCCGAGACAUGCUAUAUAGACCGUCGCAGUUCGACAUAAACGCGUAUGAGUCCCCAUCAAACAGAGAUGUCAUCAACUGCGCACUUGUAAAGUCGACAUCGGGGGUCUUUUCACGAGGAGUUUUUGUAAGAGAUUUUUUUUUCACUAAUUCGCUCUCGGCCAAUAGGAUGCGAAGAUUUCAACUAGUUCAGAAGACCAGUCAGUGAAAAAUUACGGGGAAAUGAAGCAUUUCAUGAAACAAAUACAUGUAGUGAUUUUCAAAUGUUGCUAAACCUAUAGAAAUCUUUGUAUCUUAUUGGCUUACCCCCCCCCCC